GCUCCAGUGGCCUCUGACCUAAGCGAUACCGAACACCUUUUAUUCAUUAGCUUCUCGACGACGGCCGAGCCAAGAGAUUUGUGCGUUCUCGCGAAGGCGCGCCCGCGAAAAAUGUACAGAGGAAACCCUGAGGAAAAGUGCGCUCGUACACGUAGAAAGGAGCAAGGCUAGGCUGGCUCUCAACUAACUAUCUGCCAAUUUAAUCUACAUUCGAGCAUAAGCUCUGCCGCGCGUAACUUAGGAAACGAAAGUGAAACGACGAUCUUAACUAUGCCGCCGAAAUCGUUCUUUUGGGUUUUAUUGCUGAUCGGAUUUAUGCAAAUAAUACUCGUCGAAUCGAACGGUCACAGGACGCUGCAUAGGCUUGUCGGUGGACAUUUAAGUGUAAAACCUGAUCUGGAUGACACUGAAUUGAUAAUAACCUCUAGUGCGGGCGGAGGGCGCGAAGGAAAGCAAAAAAAGGGUGAAGAUGGCGACGAGAAGAAAACGUUAUCACAACAAGUGGCAGAUGGAAAAUACGGUUUAAUACAAAAAGAACUGUUCUCUAAACCGGUUAAAAAAUCAGGUGUUAUUAGUUAUGAAAGUAAUCCGGAAGUGCCGUUAGAUAACAUCGAUAAUUUGGGAGGACUAAACAAAAAUGACAUAUGGUUGGCCGAGAAUCAUCUGUUAGUGAUUAAGGGCGGUUCGUAUCCUCCACAUGAAGCACAGAACGAAAGGACGCAUCCCCAUUGGCUUCCGAUCGACGAUUACAAAGCACCCAGUCGCCAAGUUAAAAUCCCAGCCAACCCGAAAGUCCCGCCGCCCUUUCCCGUCCAACUCACCGAAGGAGGGCCGCUACAAAUCUUGGGCACAAACACUACGACAACGCUUAAUGGAUCGCUCUCAGCGAAACCAUACCCCUUACCAGCGUUCGAAGCCGGUGGCUUCUUCCCUCCCCUCGCACCCGGAAAUCCAUAUUCGCCCAACUUUACUUCCGGGGAAACUCCGUUCCCAAUACCUCCGUUCCCUCCGUCAGGAGACUAUGGCCCGCCUUUCCCACCGUUCCCUAUAAAUGGCAGUUUGCCACCUUUUUUAGCGUCACUGCCCCCAGGGGCAGCAAUACUCCCGCCCCCGGGAAACUUUACGGAAUACGACGAAGACGACCCUUCCAUAUAUUAUCCGCCGCCAUACAGUUUCUAUUAUCAAAUGGACAACACAACAGCCGUGCCGCCGGGCCCUUUAGUGCCAGGAAUAGUCCUUCCACCACCGCCAAAUUUCUUCGCGCCUUUAGAAAAAACGCGCAAACCGCAACGACCAAUCAAAAAUCAAAUGCAUCGCACAACGACAACAACAACACAACGACCGACAACAACCACCGAAAUAAUCAAACAGAUACAUCCAACAACCACACCUCUACCGCCCACUCCGAUAAACAAACCUUCGAGAAUAAAGCCAACAGUGAAAGAACCAACAACCACGCAAGCACCAAUAAUAACAAUUCUACCGGUGAGAUAUUUGCCAAAACCAAAUCGAACGUACAUCCCUGUAACCACCACUCAAAGACCCAACAUACCGGAAAGGAGAAAGAGGCCACCUGCGGUGACAAUUCUCCGUCCAGUAAAACCGUCAACUACAUCAACCCAAAGACCACCGGUAUUCUUCUAUGAAAAUAAUGAAGUGGCCAAUGGCAGACCUUUCAAGAUAUAUGGACCUCCACAUCCUUCGAGAACUGUGAUUAGUUCAACGCAAAUUCCACUGAAGGCUUACUACAGCACCUCCAAUGACAUCGAUACAAAUUCCGUAACUCAAAGACCAGCAAAUAAUGUUUAUCGGGAUAAUGGCAUAUCAACUGUGCAAGUUCCUAAAACAACGAAACCACCAGCGCAAUAUUACUUCUACGAAGAGGCCGUUACUAAUAGCAUAACUACACCAAGAACACCAAAACAGAGACCAAAUGAAUAUUAUAAUAUUCCUAAAGAAUAUUAUAUACCAUCCAGGCAAACUGUCAGAGGAAAUUACCAGCAAGCUAAUAAAGCAGUUCAACCACCUCAGCAAUAUUAUUACGUAACGAACCGGCCAGCGAGACCUAGCAGGUACCGAUUCAUUGAAACAACAAAGAAACCAGAUACGUUUAGCGUGCACGUGGCCCGACUAAAACAACAGAUUCAUCAAUACUAUACCACUCCAGAUCCUUACUACGAUCAGCGUCCGCAUUCUUCAUCAAAACCGGUGUAUCAAUUUAGUUUCCAAGCAGCCAAUUACCAACCGAAACAGAAUCAAUUUAGACCAUCUCCAAUUGACGAGAUCAACAACAAUCAAGAUAAAUUUAGACCGUUGAACAAGUACAAUGUACAAAUACAGCCAGCAAUUGAAGUAUUGCCUACAGAAAGACCGGUCUAUCAACAAAACACACCUGCGCCCGUAUACUACCAGCAGAAGACAACCAGGCGGCCAAAUUAUUAUUCUACAGUUCGGCCGGAAUACGAAUAUGAAGAAAUUGAUGAUAACAGAGGUAAAAACGAAUAUGUGGCCACUCCACGACCGAUUAGUCAAUAUUCAUUCGAGGCGACGCCGAACCCAAUCUAUCAACCGUAUUAUACCAAACAAGAUGAUUCAUAUUUCGAUGAUAUUACGAAGAAACAUUUUACAGUUUUUGGUAAGAAACUUCCCGGUGCUACAACUCCUUUGAGUAGGAUUGAAGCCACAACUUCCAGCCCCCAACCGCAACAACCAGUAUACAACAACAAGAAUAUUCCAUAUGAAUACACUCAAGAAAUUGGUAAGGGGAUUUCUUUGGAAGGCGACACGCUUGUUAAUUAUGUACGUGCAGGACAACGGCCGAAUCCCCAAGCUGAAUAUCUACCCAGAAAUAGACAGCCAAUUAGGUAUCAACAGCAGCAACAGCCGCAAUUGAGUUUAGAAUCAGAUAUAAAUGUAAAUUAUAAACAUCCCAAGCCUCCAGUGAAUCCGGAUGCAGAAAUCGUGCAAGCGAUUCCAGUGAAAUUAAGUGCAAACAACGGAGAUAAACGAGGAUCUUAUAUAUCUUACGAAUUGCCUGGAGACAAUGGAGCGCACUUCUACUUCUUGACACCACAAUUAGCACAGAGUCGAGACCAGGGUGCUGGUUACUACUAUUCGAAUCCAGAAUCGCGAAUCCGACGUAGCCAAAAAGACUCAGAAUAAUAUUUAAAGAGUGUGUUUACCCAUGUCCUAUUAUAUAUUUCAUUGUAAAUUAUAUUAUAUAUUAUAAUAUUUAAAUUAUGUGUACCGAACUGUGAUUGUUGAAAUGCGCGGUGAUGAACAGUGUCUCGUCGUAUCGAUGAAAAACUAAUUGGAGUAUUGUCUGCGCGUAUUAAUAGAACAAUUUAAUAUGUACCAUGUUUACCAUUAUUGUGAUUUGACUAUUAUUAUUACCAUUACUAUUAUU